AAAUUUACUGUUGGCUGAACUUCUAAGAGAAUCGUGUAUUAUUGAGCUGAGGCUAUCACUCCGUCUCUUCUAUAUAUACAAUCGAAAUUUUGCAUCUUUUCCUCAGUUCUGUUCGGAUAGGUGACUUCAGCUGGACGAAGAUGGCCGAGCAUCAGCACCUGCAAGAAGAGCAUCUCGACGUCCUGACUAAGACCGGCCAGAAAACCGGUAUUUCCAAGCCCAGGCGAGAUGUCCAUCUUGAUGGAGAUUACCAUCGGGCUGUUCAUGUGUGCAUUUUUGCUGAGAGUACACAAGAGCUUCUUCUCCAAAAACGUGCUGACUGCAAGGAUUCUUGGCCAGGGUUGUGGGAUAUCUCUAGUGCUGGCCAUAUAUCUUCUGGUGAUUCAUCACUUAUAACAGCGCAGAGGGAGCUUCAUGAAGAGCUAGGUCUGAUCCUCCCUAAGGAUGCGUUUGAGUCCAUUUUCACUUUUCUACAAGAGUGUGUUAUAAAUGAUGGAAAGUUCAUCAACAACGAAUUCAAUGAUGUGUAUUUGGUAACAAUCCUAGAUCCAAUUCCUCUGGAAGCCUUCACACUUCAGGAAACUGAAGUCUCUGCUGUAAAAUAUAUUCAUUAUGAAGAAUACCAAAGUUUACUUGCCAAAGAGGAUCCUGAAUUUGUGCCUUAUGAUGUCAGUGGACAGUAUGGUCAGCUCUUUGGCAUAAUAACACAAAGGUAUAAAGAGAGCAGUGAGGCACGCAGUUUAAUUCUACAAAAGCAACUCAAUCGCUAUGCUCCUGUUCCACUCAGUGCAGAGUUGACUGGGCUUACAGAGGCAGACAAGGAGGCUUUAGUUUGGAUUAUCAAGGCUGCUAUGAUUAUGGAUGAAAUCUUUUAUCUGCAGGUUUGGUAUAGCAAUCCAAUUCUAAGAGAUUGGUUGAAGGAGAAUGCCGGCAGAUCAGAAUUAGACAGCUUAAAGUGGAUGUAUUAUGUAAUUAAUAAGAGUCCAUGGUCCUGCCUUGAUGAAAACAAGGCAUUUUUGACAACCAAAGAUUCAGCUGUAAAUUUGCUUCCUGGAGCCACUAGGCCAGUUACUGGCUGGAAGGGUAUAGAAUACAAGGCUGCAUUUCCUAUGCUGAAACCCCCUGGUGCUAACUUCUACCCACCAGACAUGGACAAAAUGGAAUUUAAAAUAUGGAAGGAAAGCCUCACAGAGGAUCAGCAACAAGAUGUGAUGAGCUUUUUCACUGUUAUUAAGAGGCCCAGUCAAUUUAGUUUGGACAAUUCUAUUUUCAAUCCUGCAGUUGAUGGAAUAAAUCAUUUAACAGAAUCGCGUCAUGAUCUAUCUUGUGUUCCUUACUCCAAAGAGUAUCAGUCCUUCCUCAAUAAAGCAUCUGAACUAUUGCAUAAAGCUGGGGAUAUGGUCAGUUCACCAAGCUUAAAGAGGUUGCUUCAUAGCAAGGCAGAUGCCUUCCUUUCAAAUGACUAUUAUGACUCAGAUUUAGCUUGGAUGGAGCUGGAUUCUAAGCUGGAUGUUACAAUUGGUCCAUAUGAGACAUAUGAAGAUGCAUUGUUUGGGUACAAGGCUACAUUUGAAGCAUUUAUUGGAGUUCGAGAUGACAAAGCAACUGCUCAAGUUAAACUCUUUGGUGAUAAUUUGCAGGUUUUGGAAAAAAAUCUUCCAUUGGAUAAUGCUUACAAAUCAAAAGAUGUUAUUGCUGCUCCCAUUCGUGUCAUCCAGCUUAUUUAUAAUGCAGGGGAUGUAAAGGGUCCUCAGACUGUUGCCUUCAAUUUACCAAAUGAUGAACGAAUUGUAAAGGACCGAGGGACAUCCAUGGUCAUGCUUAAGAAUGUCUCGGAGGAAAAGUUUAAGCACAUCCUUCAGCCAAUAGCUGACACAUGUAUCAAAAAGGAACAAAGGGAACUUGUAGAUUUUGAGUCUUUCUUUACUCACACUAUCUGCCAUGAGUGCUGCCAUGGCAUUGGGCCUCAUACGAUAACACUUCCUGAUGGCCGAAAGUCAACAGUUAGAUUGGAGCUGGAAGAACUACACUCGGCUUUGGAAGAAGCGAAAGCAGAUAUAGUUGGUCUUUGGGCUCUGAAGUUUCUAAUCAGCAAGGAUUUGCUUCCAAAAAGUUUGGUAAAAUCCAUGUAUGUUUCUUUCCUUGCGGGAUGUUUCCGCUCAGUACGAUUUGGCUUGGAGGAAGCUCAUGGGAAAGGACAGGCCUUGCAGUUUAAUUGGUUAUUGGAGAAAAAGGCCUUCACCCUGCAUCCGGAUGAUACAUUUUCUGUUGAUUUUGAUAAGGUUGAAGAAGCGGUUGAAAGCUUGAGUAGGAAGAUAUUAACAAUACAGGCACAGGGUGACAAGCAAGCUGCAAGCUUGCUUCUUCAGAAGUACUGUGUGAUUACAACACCAUUAAAAGUUGCAUUGCAGAAGUUAGAAGGCACUCAGGUAUGUGCUGCAGUAUUCUUGCAUCUGCUGAUGCAUACGUAUACUCAUUGAGAACUAGUUUAAUCA